UGUAAAAAUUUAAUAUAAAGUUGCUUGCUUUUUUACAUUAAAUGUCAACAAUAAAAAACAAUACAGAUCUUGACGAAGUUUUCAAAGACAAUGAAGUUAAUGUAACGUACGUAAAACCAAUAAAUGCUGGAAGUCAAAUAGCAAGCUUUACUGGUAAAAGUAAAAAACAAGCUAAUCCAAAAACAUAUUUCGAUAUGGUAUUGGAAGCUAUUGAAAAGCUCCAAGGUAGAAAUGGUGUUUCAAGAAGUAAAAUUACGAAUUUCAUUGUGAGAGAAUUUAAUAUAGUUGACGUGAGCACAAUUUAUGUUACAAAAGCAUUGAGAUCUGCUCUGGAAAAAAAUAUAAUUAGCAAUACCACAGGUAAUGGGGCUAAUGGAUCAUUUAAGUUGACAAAAGAACAAAAUGAUAUCAGAAAAAAAAUAGGAAAAGAUCGUAAUGUAAAAAAAGAUAAAUCCGUUAAUAACAAUAAAAAAGAAAAGUUGGAAAAUAAAGUGGAAAGUGAUGAUGAAAAUAAAACAGAAAAAUCUAAAAUUCCUCAAAAGACAAGUAAGAAAAAAAACACCUCAAAAAAAGUUUUGCAAUCUAAAGAUGAUUUGGAGCUGGCCAAAUCUCAAAAAACCGACAACGAGAAAGUUAGUGCGGCUAAAGGUAAAGAAAAUGGUAAAGCAAAAGAAUCAAAAGUUCAAAAAAACAACAAAGCAAAAAAAAAAUUAGAAAAGUCGUUUAGCACAGGUGAUAUCAAAGUUGCUAAAGAAACUGUUUACGACUUCCCAGAGGCUGAUGGGGAAAAAAAGCCUAAAAAGCUAAAAGACUUAGCAGUUACAUCGAGAAAACCAAAGAAAAAAUAAAUUAAGAA